GCCCUGGUCCGGGAAGAUCCCACAUGCCGCGGAGCAACUAAGCCCGUGCGCCACAGCUACUGAGCCUGUGUGCUGCAGCUACUGAGCCUGUGCUCUAGAGCCCACGAGCCACAACUACUGAGCCCACGAGCCACAACUACUGAAGCCCGCACGCCUAGAGCCCGUGCUCCGCAACAAGAGAAGCCACCACAACUGGAGAAAGCCCGCGAGCAGCAACAAGAACCCAACGCAGCCAAAAAUAAAAAUAAAUAAAUUUUUUUAAAAAAGAAAAAAAAGAACAGCAGCCCGGUGAUUUUAACAAUAAAUAAAUAAAUAAAGGAGAGAGCCUGGAGGAAGGCUGGAAUUGACUUUGGAGUCGUUGCUGGCCCAGAAUCUGAGCUCAGGUGUGACUGAUGGAUUUGGGAACUGAGCCUCAGUUCCAGGGCCCGUGCUGCCAGCCUCUUAAUGGGGCCAAGUUGUGGCCUUGCCGGGGACGGGGCCGAGGGUCCCUCCGACUUAGCUAACAGGUCUAGUCCCACGGGCACCUGGCAUGGACCGCUGUGUGGCUUCUUGGUGCCACCGCAGGGUCAGCAUGCCGGUGAGUGAGAAUCGACACUGGAAAGCACAGGCCACCCCAGCUGGAGCAGCCCUUCCUCAUGGCCUGCUCAUCACUGACGUGCUGGCUUCAUUUCCAGUUCACUUUCGCUAUGUGGUGUUCCAUCCGUUCCUGGACGAGAUUCUGAUUGGAAAUAUCAAAGGCUGCAGCCCGGACGGAGUGCACGUCUCUCUAGGGUUCUUCGAUGACAUUCUCAUCCCUCCAGAGUCGCUGCAGCAGCCGGCCAAGUUUGACGAGGCGGAGCAGGUGUGGGUGUGGGAGUACGAGACGGAGGAAGGAGCGCACGACCUGUACAUGGACACCGGCGAGGAGAUCCGCUUCCGGGUGGUGGACGAGAGCUUUGUGGACACGUCCCCCACCGGGCCCAGCUCGGCCGAUGCCGCCUCUUCCAGCGAGGAGCUGCCAAAGAAGGAGGCUCCGUACACGCUUGUGCAGUACAGCAGGAAGCCUCGGGCCAGCUGUCACUUUCCGACCUUGGCCACGCCAGGAACAAACACCCUGUGGGUCUGUCUGCGUGUGAUGCGAGAUCCUGGCACCAGGGCAAGCACCCCAUCAUUUACCCAGCAGAAUGGCUUUGCCAGAGGCCUUCUGUCCCUUCACUCAUUUCUGCCAGGAAUUUUUGCCGGAACCAGGACAUCGUGUUGUGGCACCCACCCGACGCCAUGUUUCUGUCAGGCAAGUCUUGUCCUGAUGAAGGAAUCUCCGUGGAGCCUGCCUCCUGCCCUGGCCUUUCUGCUCACGUGGACGCAGGGCCGUGGAGGUAUGGGUCGGGCCAGUGGACGGUGCUCCAGGGAGAGGAGCAGUUGCAUAGCAGUGCCUGUGGCCGCCCUGUACUAAAAACUAGGGAGCAGUACACAUACGGACUAGCUGUGACCUUGGACCUGGUGGUCUGUCUGUACAACAGACACUCUCUGGGCGUUUGGGGGAUGUGGGGGCUGCAUCUUGGGCCACCCCGCCCCCCAGCCCAUCGGGGAAACUACUGGAAUGUGUGGGCGUGGGGAGGGGAGGCUGCAGCAGAAGCAGGGCGGGAAGGAAAGUGGAAAGUCUGGUGACGGGCCCGGCUGUGGCGUGGCUGUCGGCGUCCACUGACUGGCUGUGAAGGACCCCCCCCCCCGCCCCCGCCGCCCCACAGGCUGGAGUUGGUAACAGCACAGACACCACCACUCACAAAGGAACACUCACUGAAUCUGGAUUCUUAUUUUCCUUAGAAGAGCAAAAGGAUCUUUCAAACCCUUCAGCCACCAGUGAAACGAUCAUGCAGCAGAAAAACUUUAGAUGGGAGUCUGUCAUUAAAAA